GUUGACGCAGAGACUGGAUAUCCCAAUCUUGCUAAAUGGGCGAAGAUUUUCACCACUGGCAUAGUGUUUGACCCACUCAGAGUACGGCAAUGCGCCAAAAAAUUGGCAAGUGAUGCAAGCGAGAGGAAGAGAGAUGGUUGUAUCGUAGCUACCACCGCUCUAAAUUCUAUGGUCAACCAACAAAAUACCAAUGCUUAUAUGUGCGAUGAACUCGUAUUAGAAAAAUUCCACGAAAACGUAGCAAAGAUAUGCGAAACUCACCCAGAAGAAGUAGUGAAGAAGUUGGAAGAGGUCCGCUCUGCCUUAUUCUCUCGUGGUGUCAAUGCACAUUUUCUCUGCAAUGUCGACCUUAUCGAUGACAAACUUUUCAAUCAUUACCAGUGGGACUUUGUCGAGACUGGUUUUGGAAAGGCUGAAAAAUUUAUGGGCAAAGCGGGUGAAUCCGUAGACAUGGACUUCGUUGGGAGACAGAAAGUGUUGGGUGUUGGUGGAUCUGAAUCUUCCUUUAUAUAUCAGACUUGUACGAUGGAUUGCGAUUGGAUGAGUGAAGAAUUAGUUCCAACAAUGUUGUUCACGCAAUACUUGAGCCAGUGUGAAGGUGAGACUCCUUUUUAUACCCCAACUUUUUGUCACAUCGGUGAUACUCUGCAAAGUGCGAUCGUAUGUUUAGGUCCGCUUUGGAGAGGCAUUCGCGGUGAUGGCCUUGCCUACGGCGCCAAUAUCUAUACGAGAUAUGAACGUCGGAUAAUCUUUCUUUCUUUGUAUAGAUGCGCACAACCAGUAGAAGCUUACGAACGCACAAAGAAGAUUGUGAAUGAUGUUUUGAAAAGCGGGAAUGUUGUGGAGUCCGAGUUCGAGGCUGCAAAGAGGUCACUGAUUUGCGAGAUGAUGCAGUGUGAAGAGACGUUGGAGAUAUGA